AUGAACUUCAAUGGGAAGAACUAUGCCCCCUGGAAGGCUCGCAUCAAGACACUGCUCCAAGCCAAGCGUCUCUGGGGCAUAGUGACUCGCACGGAGCUCCCUCCGCGUCGGGAUGCCCGUCCUGACGUCGUCGACUCGUUUUGGAGCCGGGAGCAUGAAGCGACCGCGUUUCUCAUGACAACGCUGUCGGAUGAAAUGGUGAUUGCGGUGAGCAACAAGACCUGCGCGUACGAGAUAUUUGAGCUGCUGGAGAAAACGUACGAGCCGCGAAACUGGGGAAGUUUGUGUGCUCUUCGUGAGCAAUUUGUGACCUUGAACUGA